CCAGCAACUCAACUACACCCAUCUGGACAACUCAAAGAUAAUGACGCAAAACAUCAGCUUUUGUGCUCCUAAGAUGCUGCUUGGCCUGCUGUGUUCAUGCAGCCCCACACUUUGUUACCUUGGAUAACUCACUCCCUCUGCCAUAAGAUAAGCCUUGCGGUCUGGAGAGCUUAGUCCAGCCUCGGCAGCGCCACCCCGUGGUCGGGAGGACUCAGUCCAGCCGUUCUCUGGGCUGUGGAGAACACGUCCGCACGCCCUGAUCCGGCCUGGGUCGAGGUGGAUUUCACUGGAAUGAGCUGAGUUGAGACCGCCGAGGGAGACAGUCUGUCACCCCGGGCUUGGACCCUUCAGCCUCGACCUUCGACCACCCAGUGCCGGUUCCUCACAACAGAAACAGUACACAAUGGACCGUCAUCAAGGGUAUUCUGGAGAGAUGUUUAACCGGCAUGUUCUCAAUGAUGACAAAUCUGUGGUGAGCCAGAUGCAGAAAAAGUAUUGGAAGACAAAGCAGGUGCUUAUUAAAGCAACAGGGAAGAAAGAGGAUGAGCAUGUGGUGGCAUCUGAUGCAGAUUUGGAUGCAAAAUUGGAGAUUUUCCGAAUAGUACAGACAUCAUGCAUGGAUCUUCUGAAGGUUAUUGAGAAAUAUCAGCAAAGACUCAACACUCUAUCCCAGGAAGAGAACGAGCUGGGCAUGUUCCUGAAGGGGCAAAGCGAGCAAGAUAAAACCCCAGCUGGCAGGAUGAUGCAUGCUACCAGUAAAGCCCUGUGUGGUUCUGCAAAGCAAAGGUUAGCACUGCGUGUCCCUCUAGUCCGACUGGAGCAGGAAGUGGAGACGUUCCGGCGACGAGCAGUCACUGAUACUCUCCUCACGGUGAACCGGAUGGAACAGUCCCGAACAGAGUACAGGGGGGCGUUACUCUGGAUGAAGGAUGUCUCUCAGGAGUUGGAUCCUGACACAUACAAACAGAUGGAGAAGUUCAGGAAGGUCCAGGCACAGGUGCGGAAUGCCAAAGUUCAGUUUGACAAGCUAAAGAAUGAUGUGUGUCAGAAAGUGGACUUACUUGGAGCAAGCCGUUGUAAUCUUCUUUCCCAGUCACUUGUUGCUUACCAGAAUACACUACUUCACUUCUGGGAGAGGACUGCUCAUGCGAUGGCACAGAUUCACGAGAGUUUCAAGGGUCAUCAGCCGUACAAAUUUACCACUUUGAAGAGCUUGCAAGACCCAUUUCAUCACCUGACUGAGGAGGAGCUCAACCAGAGUCAGGAGAAAGAGAAGGAAUGUGUAACUAAUGACAUAGACAAGUUGGUGGUUCUGGAUGAAGAUGAAGAACCUGAACCUGGUGCAGGGGAUGAGAGUGAAGUACCAGUGAACGCUUCCAACCAGGAUGAUACACAAUUAGCUGCAGAACUGGAACCAUCUAGCAACACACAGCAGGUCUUCGAGAUGGUGUCAAAGGAUCUACUGCCUGACAUGUUAGAAAGCAACAAUCUGGAGAAACAGGAAUUAACUUUUUUGAAUGACCUAUUAAACCCUCAACCCACUAACUUCAGCCACAACUGGCAGAGUACAUUUGAAAGCUUUGAACCUGUGACUGGAAUGGUCGAACCCAAACCAACAGACACACCAACUGGUUUCCUGCCAUCUCAGCUCUUCGAGCUCAGCCAUGACUCAACAGGAUCUUUCAUUGGUUGGACAGAUGUAUCCAAACAACAGCCUGCACCACCUCUAGCCCCACACCUAGAGACAAAGGUUUCAGAAACCAACCACAAGACUCUACCAAAUGUUCCACCUAGAGCUGCUAAGGGCAACACACAGGACAAAUCAGCUUGGUUCAAUCUGUUUGCAGACCUGGAUCCCCUGUCUAAUCCUGAUGCUAUUGGUUGUAUGGCUGAGGACCUUCUUAAUGCUUGAAGCUGGGCAACACAGACCCUAACUUAUUAUUAUAAUAUACAAAUGUUUUACUACUGCAAUUUUAUGAAAUAUAUAUGUUUAAUGUAUAUAUUUACUAAAACAUUGGGUUACUAUCUCUUAAGCUACAGCAUUUUAGAGUUGCAAUGGGGGUUGGUUCAAUGGAAUGAUUUUGAAUUCCUGUUUAAUUUUUCACAUUCAGGCAGUGCUGCUGUAAUCUGGUUGCUGAUUAUUUACCUGUUUACAGAUAGUACCAAGCAGAUGUUAACUAGCACAUCAGAGGCUGUGGGAUAGAGCCAGAGUUGAUGUAGAAUCUAUCCUGCCUGACAAUAGUUUUCCUAGUCUGCUUGCUAUGUUAGGGACCACACGAUGUCUGAAUUGGUUGAGAAUGAAUGUGCUCAACCAAUAUUGUGAUCUGGCAAUGGGCUAUUUUACAGCAGCAUCAUCAUAUUAGUUACAAGUUUUUUUUUGGACAAAUGGUCAUUUUAAAAAGACAAAUGUAGAAGUGUUCUUUGUACAAUGAAAUGAUUCAUAUCUAUUUCUUAGUUUAAUUACUUGCCUUUUAAUGUUGGACUGGUUUUAAAAAUGUGAUUGAGAAGUGUUUUGAGUGGUGUCUACAAGCUGACUGGAUUGGACCAAAUUGUUUGUUACGAGACACAGGCAGCUGUCUGUCUCUGUGGUGCAUUUACUCCUGGUGGGAGAACUGUGCUAUUACCUGUAGCAUCUGAAACAUUACACUUAACUUCAGAAAGGUGGACUACUUGCUGUUUGUCAUUUUAGCUACAGUUUUCCUUUAUGGCACUAGGACCAUAUUUAUCACUGACAUGAUUAGCAGUCCCUCCUUUCCAUGAAGUCCAGCAAUAAGAGUGCCUUCUUCUAAAGAGGGCCUGUGAUUUGAUGGAAUGGGCCAGGUCAUGCUGAAUAGACACUGCAACUGUUCCUCAUGCACGACGCACUAUGAAAACACUGGAGGUUAAAGAAAUGAGGGAGUAUUGGAAGAAAGAAAACUAAGCCAUCAUAGCAAUUAAAAGUUACAUCUUUAACUGUGGCCUUAGAAAGAUCAAAUGAUUUCUCCUUGGUGCCAACUUGAAAAAUAAACAAACAAUCUGAAAUGAAGUGAGCACAUUUCAACAAGACAAUUGUCAUAGUGUCAUUGGAGUAGUGAGGUGGCAGCCAGGGUUACUACAACCCAGUCUGGUUCUGUGGAAAACUUGAUUGGAUUAUUGUUGUUAAUUGGUCAAGUAGCCUUGCCUGUGAGAAAGGGAGAUACGGAGAUGUGGCAAUUGUCAGCACUGACCCAGUGGUUGGGUUGCAUCUGUCAGCAGUUUUUGUUUUCACUCAUCAUUCAGAAGCUCACUUCAUUAUUGCCUUACCUCAGAAGUGUCAAAAAACCAAAAGAUGCUGAAUGGCAUUUGCAAGCUCCCUGAGAUGUGUUGGAUUCUUGGCACUGUCCACUCUGUCAUUCACUAUAUUAUAAUAGUUUAGGAAGAUAAAGAGUCGGGCGUAGCACGCUACAAGCUGUGUUUUGAACAGAAUACAUCACUGUUUAAACGUUAAACAUUGGUUCCUGUCCAAAAACCAAUAUUUCUAGAGAAAAUGAAUAAGUAACAUUCAAGAAAAGUUUUUAAAUUCUAAGUUACAACCACCGAAUUGGAAAAGAUUUCUCUUAAAAUGAAGAGGACUCUUGAGCACAGCAUGCCUAUAAAGGAGGAAACUGUUACCUUGUCAAACACUGGAAUUGAACACAGCCUUCCUUCAAACAGUGCAACAGUAACACUGAAUUCAAACCUGGACUGUUUCUUAUCGAAAAUUGAGUCAUACGGUCCAGUAAAUCCCCGUAAGGUCUGCUCUGGCUGUGUUCUCUGAGUUUAACUGUUUUCUUAUCACAGAAGUGCAUGCAUAAAAUCGUCAGUACAUUUGAUUGGAAAUCUCUAGUAACUGUAAUGUGAUCCCGAACAUUAUAUAGCCUGCCAGUUACAGAACUGCACAGGAUGUAUUGGAUAAAAUGCAAUUCAUAUACAUUGCACAGAAAUCUCAAUUAAUAGUCAAAACAGCAUGCAUAUGAGAACAUCAAUACUGCUCCACGGUCAUGACACAUGCUGUCGGCUGAUCUUAGGUGAGUUACAAGAGGGAGCCUCACCUUUAUUAAACUUUAUCUUACCAGAGGAGGACUAAGGGAAAAGUCUAUGUACAAAGAAUAAUACCUCUAGUUCACAAAAUAAAUCUGACAUCAUAAACUGAAGCAUGAGUAAUUUAUUGACCACUGUCUGCCAUUUAAGUCUGUCUCAUUUACUACCAUUGUCAUUAUUAUUUUUGGUGUUUUUCGUUUUUGUUUUUGAGGCUCUUGAGUGCAGACAUACCUGCCCAUUUUCAACUAUUUUUGUGACAAUUGGCAUCCUUGUGAAAACUCACUUUGAAAAGCAGCCUGUUUUAAUCAUUUCUAACUUCCACUUGUGUGAAAAUCACCAGGUUUGUUUUUCCACUCUCGUUUGAUUUUGCUUGUAGCCUGCAUACUGUUCAUUAACCUACAGCGAGGUAGACAGCAGUACAGCUACAAUGUGCCCACCCUUCCUAGCCCUCCGGGCUGGACUGAAUUUGACUGGAGUGAAAUGGUGUGGCCCAUAAUCAAUUGAGCAGAUGGCAGGUAAAGAACACAGGGUGAGAAAAUUGCCAAAUAAUAUUUAAUGUUUUAAAUAGUGUAAAAUUAUACAAUAAUUCAGUUGAUCGGCACAGAAUCGCACACAGCCCAGUUGUAAUAAUUAACUUCCAUAACAAAAUUUCAGCAGUUUCUCCAGCAUUGUACCCAGUGAAAUCCAUACCAAUCAUGCUAAAUUGCACUUGUGGAAAGUGCAGUUAAUUGGAUGAUGUCAACUUGUUUUAGUGAGGGUCAUGCUGCAAGCUGAGGACUGUAACUUGACAAAAAAGGAAUAUCUAUGAAGAUGUUUAACACUAACUUUAAAAAGUCAAUAAAGAAAAUGUAGGAUUCGA